AUGCCUCUGCAGCCCAACAACCGCCACCCACCGUCCCUGUGUCAGAAUGGGACAACCGCCUCCCCACCAUCCCUGCACCCCAGCAGCCAAACCUUCCUCCCCACUGUCCCUGCACCCCAGCAGCCCAACCCGCCCCCGACCAUCCCUCGUCUUCCAGCCAAAACCCCAACUCCUAAACUGUUCCCUAAGCUCCAACAGCCAAACCCGCAUCCCACCAUCCCGCGCCCUAGAAGCCAAACCCAACUCCAACUGUCCUCGCACCCCAAAAGCCUACCCACCUCACCGCCAUCCCUGCCCAACGGUCCAGUAGCCCUACCAGCCUCCCCACCGUCCUUGCUGUCUGGCACCCUACCCGCGUCCCCACCGUCCCCGUGGCCCUGCAGCCCUACCCUCUUAUCCCACCAUCCCCGCAGCCCUGCAGCCCUAGCCGCCUCCCCACCGUCCCCGUGGCCCUGCGGCCCUGUCUUGCCAAGCCUGUUGUUACAACACCUCACGAGUGAUCUUUCUCACACAAGUGUGUUCUUCCCUGUCCCGCGCCUCAUCCAUCUCUUCAUCGUAGCAGAGCCUCUGUUGCAACUGAAGAUAUUUUAUCCUGUCAAAGUCCACUUGCCGUUCUCUCUGGAACUGGAUGGUGUCUCGCAAGGCAGCGAUUCUCUCGUUCAGUUCCUUUUCCUUGGGCUUUUGAGCUCCAUCAUCAAAGAUCCUCAUCCUCACCAGUGA